AUGGCUCAUUUGGUCAAGAAAACGCAGCACGAGCCAUCAUCUCUUGUGGAUCUAGGAGACGACGAGAAGAUGAGAGAAUCUGGGUUUGUUAUACCGCAAAAUAUCACUAAGCAUAGCUCGUUAACAAGAAGAUUAGAGGCUGCAGCUAAUCGGCAUGGAAUCAAAGCCGGUAGACACUGGGAUGGAGUCCAUCGCAGUAACGGAUAUGAGAAUUAUAUGUUGAACAAGAGAAAUAAGAAUAAAGCAACGGAGAGAGAAGCAUACCUUUGGUCUGUUUCUGAUAUGUAA